AUGGGCAGAGGAGUGAAUUAUAUGGCAAUGACAACUGAACUAGCAGCGGCCAAUUUGAUCAAUUCCGACAUCAAUAAGCUCAAGAUCGCUAUCAUGACACUCAUUCAUGAUGCUACUAGACUCGGCGGUACUUCAGGAUUUGGAACUCAUUUUCUUAGAUGGCUAGCCUCUCUGGCUGCUAUUUACUUGUUGAUCCUGGAUCGCACAAAUUGGAAAACCAACAUGCUCACAUCACUCUUAGUACCAUACAUAUUCCUCAGUCUUCCUUCUGGCCCCUUUUACCUUCUAAGUGGUGAGGUUGGGAAAUGGAUUGCUUUUGUCGCGGUUGUUCUAAGGUUAUUCUUCCACCGCCGCUUCCCAGGUAUAUAUCGUCUUCUAAACUCAAUACUCCUUGUAUCAGCUCAUGAAAUCAUUCGAAAUAACAAUUGACACAAAUUAAAGGAUAGUUGGAUGGGAGUUGUAAUUCUGUUAAUCAUAGGGUGUUAUUUGCUGCAAGAACACAUCAGGGCAACUGGUGGUCUCAGAAAUUCGUUCACUCAAAGCCAUGGAAUUUCCAAUACAAUUUGGUCCAUGGUUGAAAAAACAGAGAAAGGGGGAAAUUGCAGCUCAAAAGUGCUUGAUAAAUAA